AUGUCAAAUACAGUGGAGAAAAUCUGUGUGACUGUGGCCUCUGGAGAGUUUGCAGUUGGGGUUUUGGCCAAUGGCUUCAUUGGAAUGAUGAACUGUAUGGACUGGAUUAAGACCAGAAAAUUUUCCUACUUGAAUUUUAUGCUCAUUGGCUUAGCCAUCUCCAGAAUUGGUCUGUUAGGAGUCAUAGCAUCAUACAUCUUUUUAAUCUCAUUCUAUCCUUCAAUUACCUUCAGCGAAAUGAGAAACCUUCAUGUUAUGUGGAUUCUGGCCAACAAUUCCAGUGCCUGGUUCUCUGCUUGCCUCAAUGUCUUCUAUUUCCUGAAAAUCACCAACUUCUCCCAUCCCAUCUUCCUCUGGCUGAAGUGGAGGAUUGAUAGGGGAGUUCUCAGCAUGCUCCUAGGGUGUGGUUGUUUCUCCUUUCUCACUUCCCUUACUGUAAUAUUGAGUGAUACCUUCCAAAUUACUUGUCAUCAAGAAAACAAAAUAAACCUGACUCAGAAGAUCCAAGAAUAUAAAAGCCACAUCUGUCCCACCCUGAUCUUUUUAAAUAUGGGGGGGAUUAUCCCCUUUGCUCUUUCCAUGAUCUCCUGCUUGCUGCUAGUCUUGUCCCUAUGGAGGCACACCUGGCACAUGCAGCUCAAUGCCAUGACUUCUAGAGACCUCAGCAUGGAGGCUCAUGUGAGGGUCAUGAAAGCCAUGGUCUCCUUCCUCUUCUUUUUUGUUCUGUAUUAUGCAGGCAUGUUCUCAACAUUGUCAAAUUUCUCACUGAGAGAAAGGAAGCUGUCUAUACUGUUUACUUUGGUGGGUAUGGCUAUCUACCCCUUGGCCCACUCCAUUAUCCUCAUUAUGGCACACAAUAGACUGAGACUGGCUGUCCUGAGGAUGCUGUGGAAACUCAGGGUGUGCUUCAAGGGCUAA